AUAGCGGGAAUAUUGGCGGACAACGAGCGGACAACUGAAAGUUUCUAUUGCACUAAAGACAGUCCACUGCUAAACAAUAUCUUCGGCCAGUAUGCAGAGGAGAGCAUUUUUAUCAAAAAGCCCCAUGAUUGCUCAAAAUUUCAACAUGCAUGUCAGCAGUGCUUUGAACAGGCCAACACAUCAAGGAGAUUGGAUCAUCAAAGGAUGAAGCGUUUUUUAUUCCUUCUAGUGUUUUGCGAUGGUAGCAUGGAGGCGUGCAUGCAAAUCAUUAAUUGCUACAAUACUCCCGGUUGUCUCGGCUACUUCAGUCCUCCCUGCUACCCCGAGGAUCAAGGGAACAACUUCGCAAAUGGCACGUGUGUCAAAGGUAAUACCUUCAAACUCAGUAUAUCACCUGACUUCCAGAACAUUUCAAAUUCCUUCCAGUGUCAUUUGCAAAAGAGCAAACAUCAUGAAUUAUAUAUCAAUUUCACUAUUCAGACCGGCCUUAUGCAGAUGCGUGACAACGUAUCUGAGUUUGACUUUUCGAAAGUUCAGUGGAAAAACCAUCCGCAGGAGUUUCACGUAAAAAUCAACAACGAUAGAAUAAAUAUAGUUGCUGGUCCACUUAAUGUGAUGGCAAUGCUGAAAUCAAGCAAUGUUACACUGGAUUCUCCAAAGGAAGCUAUUCUCCGAGGUAUCAAAUCAAUCUAUGAUGCAAAUGAAUAUGAUACAAAAUUGUACAACCUAAAAACUUUCCAAAAAUCAAGGGAACCGAUACAACAAGAACAAUCUGUAGGGACAAAUAGUCAAGGUGACCUCCAAAUGAAAGCGGUUCAAUUUUCAAGACCGUUUCUCCAUUGCACUUCAAAUUGGCGAUCGAGUGGCUGUGAUAUGGAUAUCAGCAACAUUAUCUCAGGGAACGAAGUACUAUUUGGCUCUGUAAUAUCUUCCGUGCUUCGAAUAAAUGAUACGAAAGGAAAUUUAGAACCUUUCACCUAUGUUAUUAAGGAAGAUAUUGAGAAUAGCUUAAAGGUCAAAAUUGAACUUGAAAGUAGAACGGAAGUUGCGCCGUUAUACUUGAACAUUCGCGUUGCCUUUGAUGAGACUUUGACCGAUCCCUUGGCACAUCAAGAUCUACUCUUAUUUCCACUUCAUGUCAAAAAAUCAACUGACAUAUCUGUCCAAACCCCGUAUGAGUACUCAAUACAGCUCAGAUUUCCAAAUCUGUCAACCCGUCUAGCAAACACUGGAUCAAGGCAGGGUCUAAAAAAGGUGUUGGUGACAAUUCAAGAUUGUUUCAGCACUCAAAAUAUUCAAUUACUCAUGUUUGCAUCAAGCGGAAAUAUUGACACCAUGAUGUUGGACGGAGCGGAUAUGUCUGAUUUAAAAAAUGGCGCAUUUGUUAAUCUUACAAAACCCACUACCUCAUCAAUGCUUCUCUCUAUAAUGUUCCCCGAAAAAGGAAUCAUCAUAGUUCCCUACCUCUUUCUCUUUAUCGGUGUUCUCAUAAUAGCAGUUAUUCUGAUGAUUGUCCACACCCUCACUUGCCUAAUCCAGAGGCAAAAGCGAAAUCGUAUACAUGGGAUCCACAUAAAGACCCUUCAUCUCAAAGAUUCAGAAAAUUUGAAAUUUACUGUACUUUCUGGGGAGAAACCAGAGCUCCAAGAGAGAGGUUACUUUCCCCUGAAUACUACAUCAAUCUCUUCAUUAUUCAAACAACCCGAUUUCCGGAAACAAGGUUUCUCCUGCGCAAAGAAAGGAAUUCUUGUCUCUUAUAUCAGCUUUCGAGUUUUUUAUACAUUCAUUUUUACCUUCUCUGUUGCGUUAUCAAUUCUAUUUAGUUUCUGGCCACCAGUAGGUUUUGAAAACAAUUCUGGAGUAAAUAGAGACGCCCUUCUUCCUUUGGCGCAACGCGAGGCUGCUCGAAGGGAGGUGGAUACGGAAAAGAUACUCCUCCAACAUUCAAACAAAGCCGCUCAACUUGUCCGCGCAUGCCAAGAUAUAGUGAUCCGACAAGUUGUUGAUGUUGCCAGAGAAGUUGAUCGGGCGGUUCAAGAAAUUCUAGACGCUGAACUUAAUCCUCACAAAUCCAAAGAUAAUAUGUUCAAACUAAUGGAAAGUCUAGUCUUUCAACAGAUGGCUGAUUUAAACUAUUCUGUUCAGGAUUACAUCUCACACUUACUGGUUGAGCUUAAUAAUGCCACAAUGAGCGAUGCUUUAAGAUUCUCGGAUCUUAUUUCCCGUAUCCACGCUUCUCAGUGGCUUCUGUUUGUUAAGCGGAUGAUGAAUAACUCGCACAUUCCAUGGGAUAUCAACUCUCGACAGACCCAAUUUCUUCCUACACCGGAAUACUUGAAUGAAUUGCGUCUCAAGAUCUCAAAUAUUGAAUUUGCACGCCAGUUCGGACUAGCGGAGGCCGAAAACUUCAUUUUUAUUCCAAUGCUGAUAACCUCGCAGCUAGAGGAUUUAGUUCUCUCGAGAGAUCCUUCUAAAACCAUUCAGCCCAUGUUCCUAAUCAGCGUUUAUAAAGAACUUGAGACUUCUACACAAAGCAACUCUGACCAGGGAUACAAUGUCAACCAAGAUGUUUUCAAACCUCGUGUUCUUCGUUCAUUCACCAAUGUGGACGACCUAGAAAUAGUCAGUCGCCAAAAUCAGUUGGAUUUAAAAUCUCCGCAAAGUGCUUAUCCAAAUUCUAAACCUUCUGUGGACAGAAAAUCAGCAGGAAAAUUAUUCGAUCUCCAUUUAUCGCCUCUAAGUUUAGGCCAAAUUCGUCUAACGCUCUUUCUUAUUGACUGCUAUCUGAUUGCAACGCGAUUCUACAAUACCUAUCUAGUUUUGAGGGAGAUUUUAACUGAUAAGCGUUUAGUUGUGGAUGCAGCUUCGUACCUUAGCGUUCUGGCAGCCUUGCCCGCACAGAAGCACUUGAAUGGUGAUGUCAAGCUGGAUGGAUCGCAGUACAGCUCGUUCCAUGAACAGACCCAUUAUCAAUGUGGUCAUUCGUCAACUUCUAAACCCGAUAUCAAUAUGUCCCUUCUCGGCAAUCUUUCCCGCUCUGUAUUUGUCUAUUGUACGUUCUCCUAG